CAUACAUAUAAACCACUAUAACAAUAAAGUUACUUAUAUGUUACUUGAAAAUAUACAUGUUAAUAGAAAAGAAUGACAACCAGUGCUGAUUUAUUAACUUUAAAAUUUGGAAGUAGUUGUCUAACGAAUAUUAUUUAAUUUUAUAUCGGUAAACAUGGCGGACACUUUCUUGGGAACAAGUUUUCUGAAGAAAAAAACAAGUUGACUCUUAGACAAACCUUUCCAUGAUGGCUGAGAGAAGAAGAGAUGAAAAACCGUUGAAACUGACAUCUCCUAGUUUCCAAAAAUAAACACAAAAGCACUCCUGGUUUGAUAUGCAUUACUCAUUUCAUCAGACAGGAAAGUAAGGCCAUUAUCUGAAGCUUGUUUUAAAAAUAUUAAAGAAAUUGUUAAAUUCAGGAAGUCUCGGGAGAAAUCAAAUGAAAAAUUAGAUGACAUUUCAUCUUCAGUGCCAGAAAACUACUGGUCACAUGUUUCCAGACUCUUGAAACGAAAGAACCUCCCAGUAAUAACAAUGGCCCAUGUUGUUUAAAGAAACGCAGAACAUCUUCAGAACAGUCUUUAAACACCAUAUUGUUUCCUGCGAACAGAUGUUUAUUUUGUGACAAAAAUCGAAUUAGAAAACAGGGAAAAGAGGAAAGACUUGUGAAAUGUAUAACUAAAACCUCAGAGCUGUCGAUACAGAGAGCUGCAGAAAAACAACACGAUGAAGACAUUCUACUAAAGGUAAAGGAUGUUGAUUUAGUAUCCAGAGAAGCACACAAUCAUGCUUCUUGUCGGAAGGACUACACACGUACUGUAGAACGCAAUGUCAAGUUAAGUAAAGACAUUAAAGUAAUUGAGGAACAAAAUGCACACAAAGCAGCUUUUGAGUAGAUAACGCAUUACAUCAAGGAAAGUAUUAUUGAAGGGUCCAAUGUUGAACAGAUGUCAAUUAAAAGAGAACGGUACCUUCAGUUCAUGCUUAAAAACAGUCCACAAUUUUACAAUACAGAAUACAAAUCAUAUAAGCUUAAAUCAAAGCUAGUAAAGCAGUUUGGCAGUCAGCUUCAGUUUUGGCAACCCAAUUACAGGAGUGAACUUGUUUAUUCGUCUGGUGUUCUAAAGGGACAUGCAGUUGAAUCAGCAUUUGAAAUCGCAGCUUCAGAUUAAAAACGAUUGGAAGAGGCAGCUUUGGUCCUUCGCAGGUUCAUUAUAAAUGCACACAAUAAUUGCCAACAAAUGCCAUGGCCCCCAUCUCCACGAUUUCUUCUUAGCGAUACAAUUCAGCCACCAGCACGACUUCAAGAUUUUAUCACAUAUCUGAUUACUGGCAAGAAAAUGCAAUAUUCAUCCGAGAAAAAACAGACUGGUAUUGUCAUUUGCUCAGGAUAUAUGCCAAGCUGUUACAAGAAGACAGUGGAUAAUGCCAAAGCACCUCUUACUUGGAAUGACAUCAAGGAACAUUACAGGUAGUACAGAAAUUGUUACCCUAGUCCAUCGUUUUGGUCACUGUGCAUCAUAUUCUAGUCUGUUUGAGCUGGAAACGGCGAUGUGUAAGAAUAUUGAUGACAGAUGUAGUGUACUGCCAUCAACAGUUCACCCUGGAAGAAAUAUUGUCACCCACAUGUGUUGGGAUAAUUUUGACUUGAGAGAAGAAACACCAUCUGGCUCAGGAGCCCAUGGAAUCAUUAUCCAAGAGGUCUCAGAGGAUAAUGGUGGAACUUCGGCCAAUGUCUCCGACUCUGCUGAAAGAACAAAAGAUCGAUCUGUCAUGUGUAAACCACAGGAAAUGGAGCCAUGCUUUGUUGAAUAACAAGGCAGAGCCAAACUUGACCAUAUCCAUUACCGAUGUACCUAACUGUAAAGCUGAAGCUAUGGCUGAACUGUCUGAUAUACUUUGGGUAUGUACAAGAACCAUGUUACAGAAUGACAAGCAAACAGUGCCACCAUAGGCAGGCUGGGUGUCUGUGACAGACAGCAGUUGCGAGGAUGGCAUUCAUCAAUCAACUGUUGACUACUUAGCCCCUGUAUUUGCUCCAAUCACAGAAAAUUCAAUUGUACAGCACAUUUUAAAAUUAUGUCAAGAAGCUUCAAAAGAUGUAGGUCAGCAAUAUACCAUUGUAACAUUUGAUUUGGCUGUAGCAAAAAAAGCCUAUAGACUCGUAUGGCAGCACCCGCAAGUCUUUGGUGACAUUAUAGUUAGAAUGGGUGGAUUUCACUUCACAUGCUCAUACAUGGGUGCACUUGGAAAGAGUAUGCGGUGCAGUGGAUUUGAGGAUAUUCUAGUUGAAUCAGGGAUCAAUAGAGAAAGUGAUGACAGGCAAGUAUUACAACAGAGCCUUGCGUGUUCAAAAGCUUGUCUUAGAACGCUUACUAUUACAGGUUUUUCAUUUAUCACAUGGACACACAUUGGAUGAAGAAGCAAGAUGCAUACUGACCCACCUAGCUGAACACCCAUCCAAUGAAACUCUGACUGCAGCUUUGGAAAAUGCAAAUUGUAUGAACAUGCUCUCUCUUUCCUCAGAGUUCAAGUCAAAUGUUCGUCUGGGAGCACUGGGUAAGAUUACCCAGUUCUGGCUCAAUUACAUGGACAGAAUGUGGCUCAUCCUUCAGUUUCAAAGAGCAACUAAAGAAAACAACUUGGAUCUGCACUUGGCAAGUCUACAAAAAAUGUGCAGCUUGUUCUGUAGCUAUGACCACACGAACUAUGUCAGAUACACCACAGUAUACUUAUUGACACCUUUAAAUCUACCACAUUCUCUCCCUGGGGCAGAUGAAAAUUGAUUCAGUGUCAACAGAUCCCCUCAUCCAGGAAUGCAGUUGACAUCACCAUAUAGCAAGCAAUCAAUCGUCAUACUAAAUCCCAUGAUGGCAUUGUGGGAUUUAGUCAUAACCGUUCAGCAUACUACAGAUGGUGUAUGACUAGACACGCUAGAGCCAGCUAUCAACAAGCAACAUUGUAACUAGCAGACAUGGAUUGCGAAGAGUACACCUCACACAAGGACUUGAGGCGAUCACAAAUUGCGGGAAGUGAAGAGGACACCAGCAAGGUAGUACAGGCAAUAUUAAACUUUAUCAAUCCAUUUGAAGUAGAAAACAACGAUGUGCUCUACUGCUUGUCCUCAGGUGCACCAGCCCCAAAUGAUGUUGAACAAGAUCUCUUACAGGCUGACAAGUUUGGAAAGGAAUCCUACAAUGCAUUUGUACAAGAACGACUGAUUGAAAGAACCAAGAACUUCAAUGCAACAAAGCAGAUCACACCUGAAAGAAAUGUCUUUGGUCAACUUAUCUUGCUUUCACUGAAGCAUGACAUCAGCAUGGAGAGGGUUCUUAGCUUUCCAUUGGGUCUUGUUCCUUGGGCACUGACCACUGCUGAUGGAACUCCUACAAACACAGACAAGUCAAAGCUAAUGCAUAUCUUAGAAGAGCUCACAGAGCACAAUGACCAAAGCAGAACAUGACAAUCUAUGUCAUUGAUGGCAGUGCCCUUCUGCAAGCACAGGUGGCACUUCUAAGCACGUUUGGAGAGCUGGCAGAUAGCAUCUUUGAUCAGCUCCCUAAAGUACAGCGAGUAGAUUUUGUAUCUGACUCCUACUUACCACUAUCCAUCAAGGGGAUUGAGAGAGCCAGAGGAUGUUCUUCAGAAGCAUUUUUGAUCAUAGGAACCCUGACAAAGGUCCCUAGAGAUUGGAAGAAAUUUCUGUCAAAUGACAAAAAUAAACAGCGUUUUAUCCAUUUCCUUCUAGAUGAGUGGAAAAAAGAUAAGUAUGGCUCCAAACUUCUUGGGAAGAAGGUUCUGUUUGUUUGUGAGAACAAGUAUAUAUCUCUUUCAAAUUCUGAUGGCACCCACACCGUCUCAGAAGAGGUUGAAGAACUGAUCUCUACACAAGAAGAAGCAGACACAAAAAUCAUUCUUCAUUGUGUACACAUAGCUUUUAACCCGACAGACGAGUCCACAAUAAUUGUGCGAUACCCAGAUACAGAUGUCGUCAUACUUCUACUCAACUUUAUACAGGGAUUCAAACAGAAAGUUCUCUUUGACACUGGUACUGGCAACAAGAGGCAUCUCAUACAUAUCCAUAGCAUCAUCAAAGAAGUAGAAAAAGACCUGUGUCUGGCACUCUCUGCAGUCCACGCCUUUACUGGCUGCGAUACCACCAGCGCCUUCGUACGGAAGGGAAAAGUGAUUGCUUUAAAUAUCCUGAAGCAGCAUCAAGAUUUUGUUGAAAUUUUCCAACGUCUUGGAAAAUCAGUUGAGAUUGAUGAUGAUGUAUUUGACAAGUUGGAGCGUUUCACAUGCCUUCUUUACGGCGAUGCAGGCACAUUAACAAACUACGACAUGAGAAUUUUUUACAAAGAUUUUGUGCCAAACCCGGGAUGCUGCUAUCGAGCUACAGUGGAGUAGACAUGAGCCUUC